AUGCAAUCAAAAUUGCUAAUCGUCACGAUUUCUCUACUAAUCGUCUCAAUUACAUCUGCAAAUAGCACGGACUUCAGCACAGAGCUGGAAACAAAAAACGAGGUUUUCGGUGAGUUUUUUCUCAUUCUGUGUUAUUUUCCAGCCAUAGAAACUCAAUUUUUUCAGUUUUUCCUACGAGCUCCGGUGAUGAACCCGAAGAAUCAGUUUUUCCUGCGACCGAAGAUCGAAUUUUAGGCGCUGCUGAAGAAGUUGGCACAUUUUUCGGCAGAAAUUCAAUAUUUGCCGGGAUGCUUCUUGGAUUUUUGAGUGGAAUUAUCACAGCCUCAUUUGUUAUUUUGUUAAAGUCGUGGUGUUCAAAGAGAAGGUGAGUCUAGGCAAAAAAUCCUCUAAAUCUGGAAUAAAUUGCAGAUUCCGUGUCAAAAUGCAAAUGAAGGACGAUCUCUACAACACCACAAUUUGCUCACAAAAUUUCGGCGGGAAAACGAUUCUUCAAGAAGUCACAUUGAUUUCCCCUGAAAAUUCGAUGGUCUAG